ACACACAUAUAUAUAUAUACAUACAUAAAACUAUAUCUAUCUUCACAUCUUGUGUUUUGCAGGCAGCUGAAAAAACACAGUAAAAAUGGUGAGUAAAAAGUCAAAAUCAGUAAACGUAUCAGGAAAGCCAAAGCAUUCACUUGAUGUUAACAGAGAUGCCGGAAAUAAGAACAAAAGUGGCGGCACCGCCCGUACAGCCGCCACCGUCCGCCGUCUUAAGAUGUAUAAUAACCGCCCUAAACGUGACGCAAAAGGAACGAUUUUGAAAUAUGAUUUACAGUCUAGAGAACUCCCUAGUACUCGUAUUCCGCCUGAUCGUCGCUGGUUUGGUAACACGAGAACUGUAGAUCAGAAAGAGCUUGAGUUUUUCCGUGAGGAGCUGUCAGCCCGGCUCUCGAGUAAUUAUAAUGUUCUUUUGAAGGAGAGGAAGUUGCCUAUGUCUCUACUGAAUGAUUUUCAGAAGCAACAAAGAGUUCACCUUCUUGAUACCGAGCCAUUUGCUGAUGCAUUUGGACCAAAGGGGAAAAGGAAACGCCCAAAACUAGUGGCAUCUGAUUAUGAAGCAUUAGCCAAAAGGGCUGGUGGUUCUCAAGAUGCAUUUGAAGAAAAACAUGGUGGUAAUGAUCCUACCGUAGUAAACGAAGAUGGAUUCAGGGAUCUAGUUCGUCAUAAUAUGUUUGAAAAAGGUCAAAGUAAGCGGAUAUGGGGUGAGCUUUAUAAGGUCAUUGACUCUUCGGAUGUUGUUAUCCAGGUACUUGAUGCAAGGGAUCCCCAAGGUACAAGAUGCUAUCAUCUUGAGAAGCAUUUGAAAGAGAAUUGCAAACAUAAGCACAUGAUUUUAUUGUUAAACAAGUGUGAUUUAACCCCUCCAUGGGUCACAAAAGGAUGGCUGAGGGUACUAUCCAAGGAAUAUCCUACCCUUGCGUUCCAUGCAAGCAUUAACAAGUCUUAUGGCAAGAAUUCUCUUCUGUCAGUGUUGAGGCAGUUUUCACGCCUGAAAAGUGAUAAGCAAGCAAUAUCGGUUGGAUUUGUUGGGUACCCUAAUGUUGGCAAGUCAUCAGUGAUUAACACGUUGCGUACGAAAAAUGUUUGCAAGGUUGCUCCAAUUCCUGGAGAGACAAAAGUUUGGCAAUACAUAACACUUACAAAGAAGAUCUUCUUGAUUGAUUGCCCCGGUGUUGUUUAUGGCAGCAAGGAUACAGAAACUGAUAUUGUUUUGAAGGGCGUGGUGCGAGUUACUAAUUUGCAUGAUGCCACAGAACACAUUGGUGAGGUAUUGAAACGUGUCAAGAGGGAGCACCUUGAAAGAGCAUAUAAAAUAAAGGAUGAUUGGGAAGAUGAAACUGAUUUUCUGACCAAGCUAUGCAAAUUAUCAGGCAAACUUCUGAGGGGAGGUGAACCUGAUCUGAUGACUGCUGCAAAGAUGGUUCUACAUGAUUGGCAGAGGGGUAAAAUACCUUUCUUUGUCCCGCCGCCGAAGCAAGAUGAUGAAAAUGCGGAACCAGAAGAGACUAGUGUGACAGGGAAGGAUAUGGUGGAUGAGAACAAAGAGUUGGCUGUAAAAAGAAGCAUCAAAGAUAUUGUUUCACAACAGCAACUAAAAGAUGUUCCUGUUGAAGAGGAUCUUUUUACUGAGAACGAGUUAAAAGGAGAUACAGGUGAAGAAGAGUUAGUGGUUAAUGGGUUAAAAGGCGAUGCAGGUGAAGAAGAGUUAGUGGUUAAUGAGUUAAAAGGAGAUGCUGGUGAAGAAGAGUUGGUGGUUGUGGGUUAAUUCGUUACCUUCAAAUAGAUAAGAGAUUACAUGUGUUUUUUCUUUAAUUUUAUCUGGUUUGUACCCCGAAUACAGAUGCCAAUAUUUAUAAUGCUCUUUUUGCUUUUGUGAUC